UCGCGGACCGCGCUCAGUUACGAGCGGACCUCUGACGGGAGCGGAACUUGACCAAAGUCCCGCCCAACAGCCCAGAACAGAGAUGAUCUUCUCGCGGAUCAGAAGUCUAGUGGCACCGCUGUGCUGUCUGUUGGUUGUGAGUAGUUUACUGGUAGCGGAUGUAGACUGUGCAAAAAAGGCGGCGGCGCCCCCCGCGGCCGACACCGCCACGAUCGAGGAAGUCUCGGCGAAACAGUUGGAACGGAUACUAGAGGAUAAGGAUUACGUCGCGGUGUAUUGGUACGCCCGUAGCUGUACGACAUGCGACACAGUAUUAGCCGAACUCGAGCACAUUGACGACGACACCGACUCGUUCGGUGUGGACUUUGUCAAAGUAAAUGACAAACGACUAGCAAAGCAGUAUGGUAUCACGAAAUUCCCCGCCCUCACCUACUUCAGGGAGAAGGAGCCCAUCAUCUACGAGGGAGACCUCAUGGACGAAGCCGGCGUGCUGGAUUUCCUCACCUCCCUGGAAGCGAUGGACCUGCCCGACCGGAUCGAGGAAGUCAACGCCAAGAUCCUGUCGAAAAUCAUCGAAGACUCCGACUACGUAGCCGUGCUCUUCUGCAUAAAUCACGAAAACUGUCCACCCGGAAACAACAACAAGCCCGAGUGCAAGAAAUGCAUCAAGGCCCUGCAGGAGCUGGAGAACAUCGACGACGAAGCCGACGAGCUGGACAUUGGUUUCGUGAAGAUUCACGACGAAGACCUCGCCGAGGAGUACAACCUUGGAGCACUGCCGAAGCUGGUGUACUACCGCCACCAGACACCGAUCGUCUACGAGCACGAACUUCAAAGGGAGGAGGAUGUGCUGGAAUGGCUCGUUGAGAACAAAGCUACCGGCGAUGAGGAUGACGUGAUCGAGGAGGUGAACGCCAAGACGCUGAAAACGUUGAUCUCAAACAUCGACAACCUGGUUGUAGUGUUCUACGACGAAGGAGACGAUCAGUCCGAGACUGUUCUGCAAGAGCUGGAGAACAUUGAUGACGACUGCGCCAAGCAUGGAAUUCAGUUCGUCAAGAUUGACGAUGCCAAGGUUUCCAAGGAAUACGGCAUCGACGAUAUCCCGGCCAUCGUCUAUUUCGAGAAGGAGAUUCCCAACGUGUACGAUGACGACCUCGAGGACGAAGAGGAAAUUCUGCAGUGGCUUCUGUCCCAGCUGGAAAAGGACGAGAUCGAGGAUGUCACCGACGAGAUGCUGGACAAACUGAUCAAGGAGGGCAAGGCUGUCGCCGUCUUGUUCUACGACAACAAUGACAAGAAAUCCGACAAGAUCCUGAACGAACUGGAGAACAUCGACGACGAGUGCGACCAGCUGGGCAUCAACUUCGUCAAGAUGGACGACACUGAGGAAGCCAAGGACUACGGCGUCACCAAGUUCCCCAAGCUCGUUUACUUCGAGCAGGGUGUCCCAACCGUGUACGAAGGUGACAUGGAGAAUGAGGAGGACGUGCUCGAGUGGCUCGACCGCCAGACCAGCUCGGAUGAGAUCGAGGACGUCACCGAUGAGAUGCUGGACAUGAUCAUCGAAAAGAUGCAACACGUUGCGGUGCUGUUCUACGACAAGGACUCCAAGGCUUCGCAGAAGGUGCUGGCCGAGCUGGAGAACAUUGACGACGAGUGCGAUCAGAACGAUAUCGCUUUCGUCAAGAUCGAUGAUGACAAUGAAGCCAAGGAGUGGGGCAUCGAUGAACUGCCAACCAUGAUCCUGUUCGAGCGCGGCAUUCCUCACAUGUACGAGGGAGAUCUGAUGAAGGAGGAAGAGCUGUUGGGCUGGUUGGUGCACCAGAAGAGACACUCGGAAAUCCCGGAGAUUACCGAUGAGAUGAAGGACAAGCUGAUGCGCACGUACGACCACGUUGCCAUCAUUUUCUACGACAAGGACGACAAGCAGGACAUCCGCGUGUUGAACGAGCUGGAGAACAUUGACGACGAGCUCGAGAAGGAAGAGAUCGUGAUUGCCCGUCUGGACAAUGCCGAGGAGGCCCGCGAGUACGGCCUGGACCAUCUGCCGGCGCUGGUGUACUUUGAAAAUGAAAUCCCAGCCAUCUACGAGGGUGACCUGAUGAACGAGGAGGAAGUGCUGGAGUGGCUCAAGCUGCAAAAGUACUCCGCCACCAUCGAGGAGGUCACCGACGAGAUUCUGCAGGACCUGAUUGAGGAGCACGAGUACGUGUGCGUGUACUUUAGCGGUGCCUGCGAGGAGGGCGAGAAGUGUGACAAGAUUUUGGACGAUCUGGAGAACAUCGAUGACGAGCUGGACGAAGCCGGCAUCAUCUUCGUCACCACUGAGGAUAUGUCCACUGCCAAGAAAUACAGCAUCAAGACCCUGCCAGCGCUGGUGUUCUUCCGCAACAAGGACCCGCUGAUUUACUCUGGUGAUUUGAACGACGAAGACGAGGUCCUGGCCUGGUUGACCGACGAGGAAACGCUGGAGAUUCCCGGAAAGAUCGAGGAAGUGAACAUCAAGAUGCUGGAGAAGAUUCUGUCUGAGAACGAACACAUUGUUGUCUUCUUCUAUCACGAUGAGGACAAGAAGGCGCUCAAGAUCAUCACUGAGCUGGAGAACAUCGAUGACGAGUGCGAAGAGAAGGACAUUGAUUUCGUCAAGACUUCGGACGACGACAUUGAGAACGAGUACGAUCUGGAGGACCUGCCGGCGCUGGUGUUCUACCGUCACAAGUUCCGUACCAUCUACGCCGGGGAUUUGAUGAACGAGGAGGAGAUUCUCGAGUGGGUGCUGGAGCAGUACGAGUCCAAGCCCGAAGUGAUCGAGUCGGUUGACCGCAAGACGCUCCAGGUGCUCGUCAACGAGAUUGAACAUUUGGCUGUUUUGUUCUACGACGAUGAGUGUGAGACCUGCCCGAAGAUUCUGGAGAAGCUGGAGACCAUUGAUGAUGAUACGGACAAGCAUAACAUUCAGUUUGUAAAGGCCAACGAUGAGAAAUUAGCUCACGAGAUUGGAAUCUUCUCGUUCCCAGCUUUGGUCUAUUACGAAACUGGAGUCCCGAUUAUGUAUGAUGGGGACUUGCUGAACGAGUACGACGUGCUCGACUGGAUCCAGGACCACUUGACCGACGAAAGUAUCGAGGAAGUUGAUCGCGACACGAUGUUCGAGUACAUUGAAUCGAAGGAUUUCGUGGCCGUAGUAUUCUAUCUCGAAGACGACGAGGACAGCCCCAAGAUCCUACGCCACGUGGAGUUGAUCGACGACGAGGCGACCGAGUAUGGCAUCCUGAUGGUCAAGUCGUCGGAUCGGCUGAUGGCGAAGAAGUACGGUUACCGCAAUCCACCCGGAGUGACGUACUUCCGCAAGGGCAAGCCCAUCAACUACGACGGCGACAUCGACGACGAGGAGGAGCUGCUCGACUGGUUGACGAACCCGCACAACAUGGAGAUGACCGACCACAUCGAAAAGGUGAACCGAAAGAUGUUCCAGAAGAUUCGGCAAGCGUCGGACUACUUGGCAGUGUUCUUCUACAGUGAAGACUGCAAGCAAUGCCCACGGGUGUUGGCCGAAAUCGAGCACAUUGACGAUGAAGCCGACGGGGCGGGAAUCAAUUUUGUCAAGAUCGACGACAAGCAGAUGGCGAAGGAGUUCGGGAUCUACGCUCUGCCUGGCAUUGUGUUCUUCAAGCUGACCUCGAAGGAUCCGGUGAUCUACGCCGGAGACCUGAACGACGAAGACGAGAUUCUCAACUGGUUGAUGACGCAAAAGAACCCUGGCGGUGACGUGAUCGAAGAUCUGGACGGAACCAAGCUGCUGAGCCUGAUCGAGGAAUCUAGCUCGUUGGCUGUAUAUUUCUGGAAUAAGACGACUUGCGAUAUUUGCAACUCCAAGAUUGCUCGCAAGCAGCGCAAGGCGAAGGAGCGCAAGGGUGUGCGAAGCCUGAUCAGCGAAGGUUCAGCCGAGGCCACAGAGGAGACCAUCUCCGAGGAGGCAUCAGCGGCAGACGGAGGAAACGCGUCUUCAGAGGAUGCUGACAAUUGCGAGCAGUGCUCAGGGGUGCUGGAGUCUUUGGAAAACAUUGAUGACGAUUGCGACCGCCAUGGAAUCAUGUUCGUGAAAACCGAUGACUUUAGUAUUGCGGAACACUACGGAAUCUCCGAGUAUCCGGUAAUGGUGUACUUUGAGGAUAACGUCCCGAAUGUAUUUGAAGGGUCCCUGGACGAGGAGGAGGAAGUACUGCAAUGGCUCAUCACACAAAAGACCGAAGACCGCAUCGAGCUGAUCACCCGAGUCAUGCUGGAGGCCAUGGUUGAAGACACCCAAUAUCUUGCCGUGUACUUCUAUAAAAACCAAUCACCCUCUUACUGCCGAAGUUUUUGUUCAGCUGAAAAAGUGCGCAAGCGAAAGGAAAUGACUCGGGCGGGCGUAUCAGACAAGAUCAACUGCAACAUCUGCGAUCAAAUUCUCGAAGGACUGGAGGUGAUCGACGACGAGCUGGACGUGUUCGGUAUCCACAUGGUCAAGAUCCAGGAUCCACAGCUGGCGAAGCGUUACUCGAUCAAGACCUUCCCGGCGCUAGUUUACUUCAGAAACGGUAACCCGCUGAUCUACGAAGGUGACCUGCAGAGCGAACAGUCCGUGCUGGAGUGGCUCAUCGACGAUGACAACCGCGAGCUGGCUGACGAGAUCGAGGAAGUCAACGAACGGAUGCUGGACAGGCUGAUGGAACAGUCGCCGCUGCUCUGCGUGUUCUACUAUGACGAAGACUGCCAAGAGUGCGAGGACAUCCUGGAGGAGCUGGAAAUGAUCGACAGUGAGGUGGACAUGUACGGAAUCGAUUUCGUCAAGGUUGCCAGCCUGGAAGCGGCCCACAAGUACGGUAUCACUACCAUUCCGUCGCUGGUGUACUACAGGAAGCAACUGCCGAUGCUGUACGACGGUGACAUGCACGACCACCAGCGGGUGAUGAACUGGCUGACGUCGCAGGAUGUGUUCGAGAUCAAGAACGAGAUCGAAGAGGUGAACCGCAAGAUGCUGAACAAGCUGCUCGAUGAGAACGAGUUCCUGGCGGUAUUCUUCUUUGAGGACGAUCACGCGGAAAGCGACGCCGUGCUGGAGCGGCUCGAGCUGAUCGACAGCGAAACCGACAACCUGGACAUCACGUUCGUCAAGAUGGGAGACACGCGGUACGCCCGGAAGUGGGGCGUCACCAAGCUGCCGGCCAUCGUGUACUUCCGCAAGCGGUUCCCCAGCAUCUACCGGGGGGACAUGUACGACGAGCAGGACGUGCUGGAGUGGCUCCGGAAGAACCGCUUCCGCCAGCCCGAGCUGAACAUCUUGAUGUACGGUUGUAUCGCAACUGCCCUCGGGUUCAUCGUCUAUACGGCGUUCCUGCUGCAGUGCUUCAAGCCGGCACCUCCGCCACCGGUUCAGCAUCCCAAACAGAACUAGGUCCAACUUCUUUUUCUUUCACAUCCCUUUCUUCCCCUUCCUUCCCGCGCACUUAGCUCCAGUCCAGUCCUUUGACAGAUCGUACUGUCGCAAGACAUUUUUUGACAUAUUUUAUAGGUUUAGACUUAGAGACGAACUAUUUUUGAAACAAUUGUAAUGACAAAUUUCAUGAGCAAAGAAUAAACUCUCUAAUUCUAGGAAAAAUCGUAAAAACUUGACCCAAAAGCAAUCUUUCAUUAGAAAUCAAAUCACAAUUUACGGCACUCGACCUUCACCAUGUAAGACAUUCUUCUAAAAGCGAGCACCGGACUUUCAUUUGCGAAUCGAUUUAGUAAAACAUUAUUUCAAAUUGUAGAUUAAUACAAACAAAAAUAAAGUACACGUGCAGUCAAAGAAGAAAACAAAUAAAAAUAAACACUCACACAAAACUUGUAAAAAUUAAAGCCAUGCAUUUUUAGUAGACAUAUUGUACUGAUAUACAAAAGAUGCGAAAAAGAUUAAUCUUAAGUCAUCCUAACUACUUUGAGUACUUGCCGGACCAGAAUCGAACAUCCAGUCAGUCAGUCAGCCAGCCAGCCAGCCAGCCGCGUUCCGCACUCUAGUUAGGGCCGUAUCGUAACUUUAAACGUAAACGAUCAAAUCGAAACAAAUAAAGAAAACCAGACGAGCGACAAACGCUGGAAAAAGCGUUCAAACAACCAACUAAAUCAAACCUCCUUCUCAUUUUCUCUCUUUUUGUCCUAAAAUGCAAACUAUCAGCAAAACAAUGACGAAACCCAAUAUCCACUUCCGUCAAAAAAGAAAAAAAAACCAAAGUCAUCAACAUGAAACAUCACGCCCCAUGUACAGCCGGUUCCAUUGUUCAGGGCACGUUGUAAAUAUAUAACCCAACAAUAAAGCUAACGUGGAUUGUAGAGAAGUGCAUCAGUUUAAGGAUUUGUUAAGUUAUUAUUAUUUGUUCUGACAGUAAACGAGGAGCGGAUCAUUUUCCCUCUCUUUGGUAACAAUGAUCUAAUUUUCGGAUACCACCACAAACAUUUGCUACUUAAACUUAAUAGAAAAAAAAGGUUGAACGUAUCACCAGCAAUACACAGAAGAAGAAGAAGAACAAAACUCACACAAUUUGGCUUUUGGGGUUUUUCAGCAUACUGUCGGCGUUUUAUUUAUUUUCAGAGUAAGUGUCCUGCUCGGGACGCACCGAGCAGAUAAGUUAAACUAGAAAACAAUUUAAACAAAAUAAAAGAGAUGUGAAUG